GCUCUCAGGACAAUCGUGUGCGAUGCGUCUCUGAACAUGCUACCUCCUCCACCUUAACUGCGAUAGACGACUCCCUUCCUUCUCGGCUUUUCCGACGUCAAAAUGGCCAGCAACUCGGUCCCCGAGCUGGCGUCGAAGAUCUACGAUAUCUGCGUCAGCAAUUACCCCUCGGACCAUCUGUUCUACCAGCAGGACCUGUUGGGUCUGGGGAUUGUUCCCAAGAAUGAGAUCCCACUGCUGCUGCAGUGUACCCAGUCGCUGGUCGAUCAGAAACUGUUCCGACUGCUGCAGGGUAAAAAUGACCGGUUAGCGUGGAAGGUCAUCUCGCGUGAGGAUGCGGAAAAGCUCCAGAACCUCUCCCCCGACGAAAGUCUAGUCUACAAUGUCAUCCACUCAACCGGCCGCACCGGCAUCUGGGUGCGCGCCAUCCAGAACCGCACCAACCUGCACAAGUCCAUCCUCGACCGCUGUCUGAAGUCGCUCGAAGGCAAAAACUACAUCAAAAGCGUCCACAAUGUCAAACACUCCAGUCGGAAGACCUACAUGCUCGCGGGGCUCGCCCCCAGCGAAGACAUCACGGGCGGCGCGUGGUUCACCGACGGCAUGUUGGACGAGAACUUCAUCAACUCCGUCGCCGGCUUCAUCGAGUACACCGUCAGCCGCAAGAGCUGGUACGAGAUGCCCUCCGCCGACGGCGGUCCCCGCAGCAAGCGCAUCAAGACGGCCGACGGAACUGCCUCGGCCAGACAAGAGCCCGGCCCCAAGGAAUACCUGCCUUUCCCCGCGGGCUACCAAGGCUACCCCAGCGUCGAGAUGAUCACCGCCGCCGUCAACGAAAGCGGCAUCACACCCGUCCGACUGGGCGAAGAGAGCAUCACCCAGCUGCUGGAGAUGCUCUGCUACGAUAACAAGCUCGUCGCGCUGAACAACGGCGAGAUCUACCGCUCUGUCCACAACCCCGAAGCCAUCAAGCAGAAGACGGCCAAGAAGCCCACCACCGACGACACCGACGACCGGCUCGUCACCAACGGCAUGACCGAGGCGCCCUGCGGUCAGUGUCCGGUCUUUAAACUCUGUGCACCCGGCGGCGCCGUCAGCCCUGAGAGCUGCGAGUAUUUCGACCCGUGGUUGGAAAAGGCGUUGGGUUUUUAAACCUGGCUUUCUUUCUAUUCCUCUUUUUUUUGGUUUAUUUACGUGUACUGCCGGUGCACUGGCGCUGGGUUGAUUUUGCUUUGCAUAGCGAUGGCGUUAUUGUCGAUUGGGAUGGUCCCAGCGUGGUCCUGUUUUCUCAAUACACGCGAUGUAUGAAUACGAGAAUCU